AUUGAAGACUAGGCAUCAUGGUUUCCGACCUUAGCCUGGUCCACAACGGAAAAAACGUACUGGAAAAAAAAUGGAAUAGAACAAAUUCAAAUUUAUUGAACAAGUAUACAGCAAGUAAAAAGACAAUCUUCUAAGAAUUCGAAUUUGCAAUAAGAUAUAAUGUGGAGUGACUCUUUAUUAAUUGUAUUUAUAUCAAUCUGUACAGCGUUUUUGGGAGAAGGUUUGACUUGGAUAUUGGUCUAUAGAACAGAAAAAUAUCAGAAACUGAAAGUGGAAGUAGAGAGACAGAGUAAAAAAUUGGAAAAACGCAAAGAAGCUCAUGGUGAUUCUUUAGAUAAACAGCAUAAAAAGAAAAUUGAAAGAGAGGAGGAAAGAUUAAAGAAUAAUAAUAGAGAUCUAUCUUUGGUAAAAAUGAAGUCAAUGUUUGCUAUUGGCUUUGCCUUCACAGCUUUACUUAGCAUGUUUAAUAGUAUAUUUGAUGGUCGAGUUGUGGCAAAGCUUCCAUUUUACCCAAUUUCCUGGAUACAGGGCUUAAGCCAUAGAAACUUAUCAGGCGAUGAUUAUACCGAUUGUUCAUUUAUAUUCCUAUAUAUUUUGUGCACAAUGAGUAUAAGACAAAACAUUCAGAAACUUUUAGGUUUUGCUCCAUCUCGUGCAGCAUCUAAGCAAGGAGGUGCACUGUUUGCACCCCCACCAGCGCAAUUUAAGUAAUAGAAAUUAAAUUGUUCAAUAAUUUAUUUAAAAUUAUCAUUAAAUGUGUCUAAUUCAAUAA